AUGAGUGUCCAGAUGAGUUGGAGAGCUCAUGCAUUGCCAUGCAUCCGCCGAGGCUCUGUCUCUCGACAACCAGCGAGGUGGCCGGGAACCCCUGCAUUGCCGGGAACACCGGGCUCGCUGAGGCAGUAUUACCGACCAGCAAGACUGGGAAUAACCUCAAGCUUGAGACAAACUUGUCCAACAUCAGCAGCAAAGCCAAAUUCCUUUACUAGAAAUGGCCGCUCGCAGCUCCUGAUCAAAUCGCCACAUUUGACCCCGCCUGCGCGGAAUUUCUCCAGUGGAUCCGCCACCCGUUCAGACUUCAAGAUGAACUUGAGAUAUCUGACCCCAGAUGUACACCGGGCUUUUAUUGCCCUAGGAAGCAAUGUUGGGGAUCGAGUAGAGAUGAUCGAACAGGCUUGUCUCGAAAUGGACAAAGCUGGUAUCAAAGUGAAGCGGACAAGCUCGCUGUUCGAGACUGCGCCAAUGUAUGUCCUUGACCAGGACACAUUUGUCAACGGCGUGUGCGAGGUUGAAACAACUCUUGAGCCUCUGGAGCUUCUCGAUGCCAUCCAAGCUAUUGAAAUUGAAAUGGGCCGAAAAAAAUUAAUCGACAAAGGCCCACGGUGUAUCGAUUUGGACAUCUUGCUCUAUGAUCAAAGAGUCGUAUCUCACGAGCGUCUCAACAUCCCACACAACCUGAUGUUAGAGCGAGACUUCGUGUUGCGCCCUCUGAGCCAAUUGAUCCCUAAUGAGUACCCACCACUCACAGGGAAAGAAACAAAAACAUAUAGCGGCCACCUAUCAGCCCUAACCCCACCAGACCCAACACCUGUAUCAACAACUCCAAUCUCACCAAACUUCCAACCCCUCCACGCAACAGACCCAAAACGCAGCACACACAUAAUGGCAAUCUUAAACCUAACCCCAGACUCCUUCUCAGACGGCGGAAAACACUCCCCUACAGACCUAUUCUACAUAACAGAAAUAGUGCGCAGCAUGAUCGCAGCAGGCGCCACAAUAAUCGACAUAGGCGGCGAAAGCACACGUCCCGGCUCAACACCCGUAGGCGCAGAUGAAGAAAUCGCCCGCGUCGUCCCAGCAAUCACCCACAUCCGCACCAACAUCCCCGAAGCCGCAAACAUCGCAAUCAGCAUCGACACUUACCGCGCGCGCGUGGCGGAAGCAGCCUGCGCCGCCGGCGCAGAUAUCGUCAACGACGUCUCGGCUGGCCUCCUAGAUCCAGAAAUGCUCUCUACAGUCGCGCGUAUUGGCAAAUCUAUCAUCCUAAUGCAUAUGCGCGGCACGCCGCAGACAAUGACUCAGAGCCAGCUACAUGACUACCCGAACGGGGUUAUCGACGACGUAGCUACCGAAUUGCGUGGUCGAAUCACCGCUGCUGAGGAAGCUGGUAUCCGGCGGUGGAGGAUGAUUCUUGAUCCUGGACUUGGCUUUGCGAAGGUCCAGCAUCAGGAUCUGGAGAUCCUGCGCGAGUUGGCGAAAUUGCGUGGGAUGGCUGGGCUGGAGUGUUUCCCGUGGUUGAUGGGUCCUAGUCGGAAGCGAUUUAUUGGAACGCUUACUGGUGUUAAGACGCCUCGGGAUCGGGUUUGGGGAACUGCCGCGACGGUUUCGGCUAGUGUUGCUGGGGGUGCGGAUAUUGUUCGUGUUCAUGAUGUUCAGGAGAUGUGGCAGGUUGCUAAGGUUGCUGAUGCGAUUUAUCGUGUUGAGUAA